AUGAGCAACCCCACCACCUGCUGGGCUGCAAAGUCUACAGACAACAAGUCAACACAAGUCCCAGUGUCCGUCGCUGAGCCGGCAAUCACGAGCGCCACACCGAAUGAUUGCACGGUCCUGAAGUGCAGGCUGUCUCCUCCCCAUUCAGGACUCUCGACCGACGAAACCCCACGCGCCACCACAAACGGUGUCAAGAAGAGUAAAUUGGCCGACACCGAUGGCGAAGAUGACUUAUUGAUGUCGUUCGCCUUGCCCAGCCGAGUGAAGGAGCUUGAGAACGUUGUUGCCGCCAAGGAUGCUCGCAUCACCGAUCUCGCGACUGCGGUACGAGAGAAGGACGCUCACAUGACCAGAAUGGAGUCCGCCUUCAACGUACAGACGCAGCGCCUCGCCAGUAUCCAGUCUAUCGCUGACGCAUCCGCCAAUAAGAUCGCGGGGCUGGACCAGGAGAACCACAAGCAAUUCCUUCAUGUCCAAAAGUUGGUCGCUGAGGUCGAUGAGAGGGACCGCCGUAUCGCAGCUCUGGAGACUGAGGUAGACGAGCAAUGCGCCAUGAUUGCUCAGUUGGAUGCGGUCGGCAGCUCGACACAAGUCUCUUCGCACGAUCCACUAUCAGAUGCGGAGGCGGUUGCCCCUUCACGAACACCAGCAGUGAAACUCGAGGCUCUGCACGAGGCGACCGAGGCGACCGAGGCGACCGAGGCGACCAGGUACGCCCAGACUGCGGCGCAGACAAUCACAAAGGCAGCCUCUACCGACACCGACACCUCAGUCAGCCCCUCUUCAAAGACAACUCCUGCCACCAAGGCAGCUGGCCCGGCCGUGAACCUCUCCGCGUUCCCAGUCUUCGCAACCCUGACUACGGUCAAGCACACGGCUCCACCACCUCCGGCGCCCAAGCUGAAGAUGCCUGUCGACAUGUCGAAGUUUGCGAAGAAGCCAGCGGGGAAGACAGUCGCGCCUAAGAAGAAGGUAAAGGCUACGUCAGAAGAGGCUACUAAGAAUAGUCCAGCACCUGCGAUUGACCCCACCUCAGACAUUCGCACAAAGCGCCGUGAGGAGCGUGCUCUGUUUGCCAAUGGUUCCAAGGUCCAGGUCAAGAUGGGUGACACGAACCUUGCCACUCUGCCAAAGUACGUGGUGAUGCAGUGCUCGCACAAGGCCUUCAAGCACUUCACGGAUUACCCAGACGCAACCACUUUCGUUCUACCAGCGAGAUCAAUGGACGAAGUUGCUGCAAAGGCGCACUUGGAUUGGAUGAAGGAGAUGACCUAUCAGGGUCGUGUAUACUCCAUCAACCUACACUCUGAUGAGAAGUUCGACGACAAGAAUCUCCAGAUCUGCCGUGCCUCUCGUGUCCUCGGUCUCAACAACAUGUAUGUUGGCCACUUCACCAAGAUCUUCUGCGAUCGUAUUCGCUCCAACACCGCUUCUUACGAGUUUCUGAACAAGAUCGUCGCAUUUGCCUACCCAGAGAAUGAUCCUCUCUACGAUUGCCUCGCCAACAACUUGGCCAACCUCCGCACACGUAACGCUGCACAGCAGUUUGCUGAGCUCGAGGCUCUUCUCAAGGAGCACACGGGUCUCAAGGCUAGGGUUGAGAAGAUUGAGGAACGUAUCCGCAAGAAGCAAGAGGGUGCCAAGGUGGCCAAUGGUCCAACAGUGGUCCACGCCGGCAAGCAGAUCUAG